AUGUGUGUCCAUGCAUGCGUAAAAGUACAUCAUAUUUAUAGUUCAUCCAUUACUUGCUUCCGAGCGUUGCAGCUUGGUGCAGGAUCCCCUUGUAUGUUGUGAUAAGGUGCAUUAUCAGUAACUAUCACAGAAUUUGGUGGCAAAUUGAGAAUAAGCUGCUGCUUCAAUCAUUUCUCGUAAUUUGAGCUAUUCAUCUCGUCAUGAUGAUUUCCGCUGUUUGUACCUGACUUAAAAGUCAAUAAACCGUCAUUUAUGAAGCCGUCGGAACUACCUGCAUGGAUCAUAGUUAGCAGCUUUCCUUUGGAUAUUUUGGAAAAAAGACCCCACUUACUAGCAUUG